CACGUUUCUAGACCUUUCAUUAUUAUUUAUUUAUUUUCGAAAUAAGAUAAAUGAAUAAAUAAUAAAAUAUUCAAAGCAUAAUAAACAUUGUUCAUAUGCCCAAACAACACUCGCACCCGUUCCUUUCCUCCACUCCGUAUUUUAUUUAUAAACCUUGCAAUACCAAUCAAAUCGUCACCGGACCCCGUUCAGCUCCUUCAGCAUCGGGAUUAGGGUUGAGGUUCCCUCUUUUCCCGUCCCGACCACGAUGCCCACCGACGACCAGCUCUCGCGGCUCAUCCACGAGCUCUGCUCCCUCCUCGCUGGCCUCAUGCAGGCUCCCCAGCCUGCACUGCCGCCCGCCGACGCGCCCCCGGCGCUGAUGCGGCGCCCGCCGCAACGGAUGUCGCCCGCAGGCUUCGCCUCGCUCCUCCUCGGCGCCUCGCUCGCGCUUAUGCUCUGCGGCUCAGUCACUUUCGUCAUCGGGUUCAUGCUGAUGCCCUGGGUGAUCGGGCUCGUCAUGGUCUUCUACUUCGCUGGGAUCUUGUCGAAUUUGUCCGGGAUGGGGAGGGCCGUCUUUUGCCCCAGUAGUUGCCCCUCCAGCCCCAAGGAGAUGUCAGGAUCACUGUUUUCUAAGCUCCCAACUAUUUGAUCGUGGAGGUCCAAAUUGCAGUAGAUGAAAGAGUUUGCGUAUUAGUUACUCGAGGCAGAAACCAUCAAGGAUCUUGACAAUUGCUGCCUUUCUAUAAUGCCUGCUCAUAUCUCCUUAUAACUGGCGCCUUCACUGUCUCUUCUAUCCAGUUUUUGUGCUGUUCCUUGUCCUGUUGAGAGCAAUGUACCUGUUGAGCGUGUACCAAUGUGUUUUCUUUCAAGGGUGGGUGCCUUUUUUACUGCAUAAAGCACUUUAAUUACUCCAAGUGUUACCCUGGGCAUUGUCUUGUAUGAAUUGCCAUGUUUACAAAAGGCUUAAUCGAGGCUAAUCCUUGUCCUACACAGAUUCAGGAAUGUAUGAUGUAUUCAUGAGAUUUUUAAACAAAAAGGGUUAAGAGUCAUUGGGCA